CUUCGCUUCUUUUUCUGAUUUUAACCUGUCAUUCAUAACCUGUGGGCAUUGAGAUAAACACAAUAGUGUAAAGUGCCUACUUCUGGUGUUAUUUGUUAGUUCUUUUAUUCCUAACUAGUCAUAAUUAAAAAUAAUGGACGUAUUUCUGAUGAUCAGGCGGAAGAAAAUGACUAUAUUUACCGACGCGAAAGAAAACGCCUCGGUUCUUGAACUUAAAAAGAUGAUUCAAGGUAUAUUAAAAAUACCACCUGCCAAUCAACAGCUACAUAAUAAGGAUAACUAUAUAAUGUCUGACUCGAGAUUUUUGUCUGAUUAUGGAAUUUCGUCUGCAAGCGCGAAAGCACAAUGCCCUGCUUUAAUAGGUUUAGCUAUCCGUCAAGCGAAUGGUGAAUUUGAGACUCUUGAAAUGACUCCCUUCUCCAUACCCCCUGAUCUCCCAGAUGUCAUGAAAUCUCAGGAAACCAAUGGUCAGGAGCAGAGUCCUUGAAGAAUUGCCCAUUAUCAUAAAUUCUACAAUAAUGCAGGCACAUGAAAUGCAUUAGUUAAUCAUUGGAAUGUCCAUGAAUCAUGGAAGAAUCGAGGAAGUGUGAGCAUUAGAUUGAUAAAAAUUAACACAAUUGUUUGGAAACAUAUUUCCCUUUGUGAGUUCGCGAUAACUUAAUAGCCAUUAUUAUGUGAUCGUUACAUUUAAAACUCAUUUUUACUACUUGGAAAAUAUGUCUUGUAAUCGAAAGAACUUCUAAAAUGGAACGUUCUUACCACGAAAUGUUUGUUUUGUGCUUAUGUAAAGGAAAUAUUUGAAUAUAGCUGAAUAUAAUCUUUUUUCAAAGCAAAAUAAAUACCUCAUCUACAUGUUCUGUAGCAAUAAUUUAUAUAAGCUUGGUUGUAAUAUGAAAUAUUUGUUUUCAUUUUGUAAACGCAUCCUUGAAAAUUUUAGUAGAGAUUUGCAAUUGCAAUUGCGAUCCAAGGUAUACUGGGUGGUGUGAAAAGUAUCUCAGUAAUCCUCUAAAAGGGAAAAUAUCUAAAAUAUAAGCGAAUUAAUGUAAAUAAUUGUAUUAAUACAAUAAUACAGGUAAUGUUAUCGCUUUUGAAAGGUGAUUAUCCAUAGUUACUAAGCAUUUCUAUCCAAUCAGUGUGCUGUAAAUAUUCAUAAUGAAAUACUUAAAUUUGUUUAAAUUAAUACAAUAAGUAGGUGUGCUGUUUUUACCAUUUAUUGUUUGUACUCCUGAAACUACUAUGUUAACAUUCUAAAUACAACAAUGCUUCUGUCUUUUGUUA